AAUCCUCAAAAAACUCCUGUUCAACGUGCAAUUACCACUUUUCAUAAGCCUUAUGAUAAGAAAGAACAAUUUGUUCUUGAUUUUAUUAAAAUAUUAGCCGAGGCUGAUAUACCUUUUGAAAAAAUUCAGUAUUUUCAAUCCUUUUUAAGA